CAGGGCUAUUGCGUAACUUUGUUAACAACUAAUUUUGUUAACAAAUAAUCCUUUUCUUGGGUAGAAAAUAUCGAUAAAUCAACUUAACGAUAUAAUUUUUUUAUAUAUGCCCAUUCUUUAUUUUGUACUAGAAUAGGGACAACGAUUUCAUUUCGAUUUUAUCUUGAUCAAGAUCAAGGGGAUCAAUCGUUGAUUUUAUCCCACCCAGAUCGAUAUCAAGGUCGUCGCAAAACGCAUAAAUCAAAAAUAAAUAAAUCUAAAAGGGCUGAUAGUCAAAAACUGUGUUGCAGUUAUAAGCGCCCACUUAAGUUCGGUUUGCACAAAUAAAAAAGAAAACAUCAGGAAAAUAAAUAUACAAUUGUUUUCAAAGUGUGUGGGUGUAUAUCUAUGUAUGUGUAUGUGUGUGUGUGUGUGUGUGUGUGUGUGUGUGUGUGUGUGUGUGUGUGUGUGUGUGUGUGUGUGUGUUGCGUAGUGUAUAUAGAUUUACGAUUAGAUUGGGAAUAACAAUAAAUACAAAUUUCAAAGCAAGAAAUCAGGGCUACAGAAUAAUUUCACACUUGUAACUAACACAUGAAUUUCCCGUUUUGGACAACUGAUAUUAUUUACAUUUACUCUUAUGAUUUCACUCUCUUUCGAUAUUGAUAUCGCUGUCGAUGUAUAUAACGAUAUUUUUGAACGUCGAUAUGUAUCAGUUUUUCGAUAUAUCAUAUCAUCCCUAUAAAGAAUUGUUUUUUUUUUUAGGUUAUCUCGUUGUAUGUCAUGCUGUGGUCAUGGGUAAAUGGUUAAAUAAAUAAAGAAAUUGGAAUUCUUCUACAAAUCUAACAUUAUUUUUAAUUAAAAACCAUUUGGGUCUUAAUUUGAAACGAAAAUGGACCCUAAUAUAUAUCAAAAUGAGUACUUUAGUAGCUAUGACGAUUUGGAGGUACAUAGGUUAAUGCUUGAGGAUCAUCCAAGAACUUUGGCAUACAAAAAUGCUAUAAUGAAUAACAAAUCUUAUUUCAAAGAUAAAAUUGUUAUGGAUGUUGGUUGUGGUACUGGUAUUCUUUCUAUAUUCUGCGCUCAAGCUGGUGCUAAAAAGGUUUAUGCAGUAGAAGCUAGCAAUGUCGGAAAUUUGGCUAGAGAAAUUAUUAAAGAAAACAAAUUUGAAGAUGUUAUUGAGGUUAUUCAUGGCAAUGUGGAAGACAUAAUCUUACCUGACAAUAUCAAAGUGGAUGCCAUAGUAUCAGAAUGGAUGGGAUUCUAUUUACUUCAUGAAGGAAUGUUGGACAGCAUUUUAAUAGCACGAGAUAAAUUUUUAAAGGUGAAUGGAGAAAUGUUUCCUGAGAGUGCUACCAUUUAUAUUUCCCCAUGUAGUGUGCCUAGCCUUUACAAAAAUUGGGAAGAUUGCCAUGGUGUUACCAUGACAUCUAUGGCAAAACAACUGAGGGCAUCCAAAUACAACAAACCAGAGAUUAUGAUCAUAAAAGAAGAGGAUAUACUGGGCUUUGAAGAAGUGCCUUUAUGUUGGAUUAAUCUGAAAGAGGACACAAUAUCUGAAGUUGAUUCAUUCAGCAUUGAACAUGUAGUUGGUGCCAAAAAAGAUGGUAUGUAUCAGGGGCUGUGUCUAUGGUUUGACUGUGUUUUUCCAGAUUUAACAAAAAAAAAUGAAAAUGUAAGAUUAGAUACAGGACCUGACAGUCCCCCAACACAUUGGAAACAAACUGUCAUACUGUUGCCAGAAGAGCAAUUGGUUGAGGUUGGUGAUCCUAUUGCCUUCCAAUUAGAUAUGACAAGAGAUGCUAUCAACAGGAGAAGGUACAAUAUACAAGUCUCACUUCUAGACCCUGAUGAAGCUGAACAUCCACUCCCAUGUACUUGUGACCUAACAAAAUGUUUGCUAAUAAAAGCAUACAUGCAACAGCAUCCCGAACCAGCUUCAAAAACAGAACAAAUGGAAACAAAUUGUCUACAGGAAGACCCUAUUGAUGACGAUGAUGUUUGAAUAAAAAAGAUUAUUUUGUUAUGAAGCAAUUUAUAU